AUGGCUGAUUCAAUCAGGAACAACAAGAUGAAUGUGCGGGUUCUCUAUAACAGGUUGCUGGAUUCUAACAAGGUUGCUUUCGCUAAUGUGGUUUGGUGUUCCCUAGCUAUGCCUAAGCAUAGAUUCAUAUUUUGGCAAGCUGCUCUUGGUCACCUGCUCACCCGAGACAAGCUUCUAAUGUGCCACUUGCAUAUAGCUUCUGAUCUGUGUUCGGUUUGUGAAGAGGUUCAGGAGUCCCAUUCACAUCUGUUUUUUGAGUGUUCUUUCUCUCAUCAACUGAGAACCAGAUUGGAGAACUGGCUGGGGAAAGCUACUUGGCUGAGCAGAUAUGCUGACUGGCAUCUUUGGAUGGAAGGCAAACCGAAAGGUCUUGUGCAGAAAGUUGCUGCAGCAACGUUUGCUGCUGCUGUUUAUCUGAUAUGGAAAAAUAGAAACAAGUGUAUAUUUGAGCAUAGAUCUUGGUCUAUUGACUUUGUUGUUCAUCAGAUCAGAUAUGCAGUUAAAGUUAGGCUGUCUAGAGCUCCUAAGAUUAAAAUCAAGUCUAGGGACUUAGCUGUGUUUGAUUACAUGUUGCAUUUGUAA